ACUCAAUCUUUUGUUACUUAAUUAUUUUGUUUUUAUCUUUUCAUCAUUUUAUAUAAUGAUAAUGAUAACUCAUCAUCUUAUAUCUCGUUGUUGUUUCCAAGAUCCAAGAAUUCUCCUAUGGUGAAGAUUUGUUUUUCUUUCUAGCCUUUUCUUUGAAAAACCAUUUCUUGGUUUUGAAUUUUAAUUUUGAUUGCAAGCAUAAGGGAAAACAACAAUAAAAAUGUCUGUAAGUAUGAUUAUGGAUAAAAGGGAGGUUGAAGGUUCAUGUGGAUUUAUGGAUGCAUUAUCAUGUAAUCCACAAGAGGCAUUUUUUGGUGGUAAUAAACAAGUGUAUAUUAAUGAGGAGAAGGCAUGCACUUGUAGUUCUUCAUCAUCUAUUGGAGAAAAUAGUGAUACUAUAUCACAUGAAGAAUCAAUGGAUGAUGAUCCUCAAGAAGUUGAAAGUCCUUUCUCUUCCAUCCAAUCUCUACACCAAGUUCUACCAAUUAGAAAGGGUAUGUCAAGAUUCUAUAAUGGAAAGUCAAAAUCAUUCACAAGUUUAAGAGAAGCUUCAACUUCAUCUUCUGUGAAAGAAUUAGCAAAGCCAGAAAAUGUUUCCUAUAUCAACAAGAAAAGGAGAAACAUAUUGGCAUGUCGUUUACCUAACAACAAGAACCACACUGGCAUCUCAAAGAAGAAACAUAUUGGCAUAUUGGCUAUGAAUUCUGGUCUUUGUGACAACUCAACAAGUUGGAGAUCAUUUUCCUUGGCUGAUUUACAAUUUGUUUCUGUUACUACAACUCCUACUAUAUUACAACAAGCUGAAAAGAAACCAACUAAUUGAGCAUUUUGAUGAAUAACUUGUUCUUCUCUUCAUUUAGCAAAAAGGAUUCUUGUUGUCCUUUUAGCAAUGUACCAACACAUUCUUUUUUUGUGACUAGGUAUGCUUACAGCCUCUCAACUAGUUAACCUAUCUAGAGGCUAUGAAUGUUGUUUUCACUAACAUGUACUGCCAAUGUUAACAAGUCAGCAAAAAAAUAAAAACCAAAGAUAGUUUUCUUCUUUUA